ACGCGGUAGUGGAGGCUUUUUUAUAAGUAUGGAGGCUGCGGGCCCUGAGGCUGGGGAACGGUCUUCGGGGCUGGAGGCUCCGAGGUCCACGGACGACCGGCUUUUCCUGGUUAAAGGUGGGCUUUUCCUAGGUACUGUUGCUGCCACAGGAAUGCUAGCUGGAUUUGUUACAACAUUAUCGAUGGCUAAGAAGAGAAGCCCUGAAUGGUUCAAUAAGGGGAGCCUGGCCACCGCUGCCCUGCCGGAGAGCGGGUCGUCCCUGGCCCUGCGAGCCCUGGGGUGGGGCUCCCUGUACGCGUGGUGCGGGGUCGGCGUGAUCAGCUUCGCCGUCUGGAAGGCGCUAGGAGUUCACAGCAUGAAAGAGUUUCGAAGUAAAAUGCAAUCAAUAUUUCCAGCCAUUCCCAAGAACUCCGAAUCUGCUGUUGAGUGGGAGGAAGCCCUGAAAUCCAAAUGAGAUGAGCAUGGUUGGUAAAUUCCAAAAUGAUUGAUUACAGAAAGGGUGGCUUUGGAGAUGCCAGACAGCAAAGGGACUCACUGGCUUCUCCUCGGGAAGACAUGCAGAUCGCUGCCUGACCCCGCGGGAUGGACGGCGUCCCGUGUGUUCACGCCAUCUUUCUGGGUGCUUUGCUUUAAGAUUCCUGUGGUCACGUGUGCACAUGUGUGUAUGUGUGCUGUUGGGGGGAGGACAUAGUUUUCCCAAAGUUGGGAAGACUAUUUAAAAAUAACGACGUGGAUCACCUCUCUAUGUGGAGGAGAUCCCCGGGAAAUUACUUCUGUGUAUGGCUGUAAAUGGUGAAACCAAGGUUUGUACUUGGAAAAAAAGGUGUUAUAGCCUAUGAUGGAAAAUCUUUGUAACAAGCUCCUCACAGCAGCAAUACCUCAAUGUGUCUAAUUAAAUGAGUUUCAACAGUUUUUGCUGUCAGUCUGUGACUGCCCGAACUUGGGAGACUGGC